UAUCAGUAUGCAAAUAAACCUCAUAAUCCAGGGGACUAGAAUCUGCUUUCUUAGGAAAAAAAUGGUUCCUUCAGGGUUCUUUGGUUGGUUAAUAGUUCUACCUUUUGUUUUAUUAGUUUUAAAAACAUUUCUGAAAGGGAAACCGUUUGUUGUAGGGGAUCCUCGGAGCAUCCUUAAAGAGUACUAUGUAUAAUUUGAGGUCGCCAUGAAAUAGCGUUUUAGCUGUGAUUUGAUUCCAUAUGUCGACGUAUUUCCUUCUGAAGCAGCAAGUCAAAGUGACGGCGUGCUGGAGUGCUUUAUUUUUGACUUUUGGGAUAUGCACUCACACUGCUGCUCAAUCUAAACAAACCUGACAGUAGCUUAGUGAGCUAGCUGAAUAUGCAGAAUAGUAAGAAGAAUUUAACAAGAGCCUUUUACUUACAAAUGAACAUCAACCAUUUUUUCGUCAACUAAGUGAUGGCUGGAAAGUAGACUAUUACAUCCAAAAAACGCUCAGACAAACCAUCUUUACUGCUAAUGACCUACUACUGUAGAGAACGUCCCACCUCUGGGAGUCUCGUAUACGAUUGUAGAGAGCACUUUAUUGGACGAUCAUCAUGAAGUUUUGUCUAGUUAUGAAUCAUUGCAAAUAUUUGAUAGUUUACACAAAAUUGAAGGACUAAAAAUUUGAAACAAGACACUUUACCAGAAAAUUUCCAGAUACUAUUGUGUGAAGCUGUGAAACAGCCAUUUUGAGUUCAGGGACACUUUAAUGCAGGGGUCUUCAAUCUUAUCCACAUAGGGUCGGAUUUCAUUACAUCCAAAUUGGAGGCAUACUUGAUAGUUGAUGGGAGAUUAAGAUGAACCGAUUAAACAAGUGAAAUCAGGUUUAAUGCAGCCACACCAGCCCUUCCUGGAUAAGAUUGAAGACCCCUGCUGUAAUGGGGUCUUUGUUUUCUACUUGGAAUCCUUUCACCGCAAGAAACACUCAGUCGAAGAGUUCCAUAUUAAACCUUUAAAGUUUUCCCCAAACAGACAACUGAAGAACAUGUAAGGAUUUUCCAUUUAAUGUAGAUUAAACUUUAUAAUUAUUAUAAUUGUUGGUAAAUUGCUGUAGUAUGAGAUGUAUACUAAUGUAUUAAUGUUUGGCAUUUGCUGUUAUUAAAACAUACAUUCGAGGUGGUAACAUAUUGUCCUUUUGGGAGGACAGUUAAAGGUUCUGUGUAGACCCCUAUAAUGGAGGGCUUCCCUGAUUAUAGACAACAGACGGGGUUCCAAGAAGACCCUCUGUAGAAAGCUAGAAUAUACUGCAACUGAAUACAAAAAAAAAAAAAAAGCAUCCUGACUGGUCAAUACAGCUGGGCCAUGGUGAAUUAUUUUAUUUUAUUUUUUGCUGAUUAUAGAGUCAGGGAUGUACACGAUGACAUUUUUUCUUAAUUUUUUUUUUUUUUUUUUAAAUCUUAGUAAUAGCUAUCAGGAUGUAAAGACAGUUUAGCCAUUGUAUUCAUUAAAAAAAUAAUUUACAGCAGCUUUAAUCCCCUCCCCCACUCACUCACAGCUUUCCUCAUUCUGUUUGCGAGGGAUUAAGGAUAGAGAGGGAUUACAUUCUGUCCUGACACAACUCUCGGGUCGGGUUACGGUCUGAACUCUGCUCCUGACUGGAAAAGGACACUAACGAGAAGAGGACAUCGAGAGAGAAAAAGUGGUGGAUGUGAAAUCAUCCAGACUUCAGAUCUCUGGACAAUGAAACCAGCAAUGGAGAACAGAGCCAAAGUGGAUCUACUCAAUGUAAAAGACGAGGAUCUUGUGCAGAUCUUGUCUCACGUGCUCAAAGAAGUGAAGGACACCACUGGCAGGGACAUAAAUGGUACUGAACUGCUGCACAGUCUCCUGAACACUCCAUGGCUGCAGUCUUUACUGAAGGUUUACGAGUGUCUGCAGCAAUAUCUGAGGACCUGGGCUACCCCGUAUCUCUCCUACGCCUCUGGACUCUCGCUUGAGAUUCUGUCAGAUUUGAGAGCUCUGCCGUAUCCAUCCUAUGAAGCCAGAGAACUUUACUGCCUUCUCAUGGAGCCCCACAUGCAGGCUCUGCUCUCAGCCCAUGAUGUCGUGGGACUGAAGGACUACGAGCCUGUAUUGCCUCCACUGCCUGAAGAUCUGGUCAACAAUGAGGAGGCCAUGAGGAUCGUCUGCAUGGUCAAGAACAACCAACCUCUGGGAGCGACUAUACGGAGAGAUGAAAUGACAGGAGAGAUCUACGUGGCUCGAGUUAUUCAUGGAGGAUUGGCUGACCGCAGUGGUCUUUUGCAUGCCGGAGACAGACUCGUGGAGGUGAACGGACAUCCUGUGUUUGGACUGGAACCAGAGCAGAUAAUAAAAAUACUGGCUCACUCACACGGGACCGUUAUGUUUAAAGUAGUCCCGAUUACUGACAGACCCGUCAACAACAAGACCACGCUGUUUGUGCGAGCCAUGGUGGACUACAACCCCCACCAGGACCCUGGCAUCCCGUGUGUGGAUGCUGGCAUGGCCUUCAGGAAGGGCAACCUGCUGGAGAUAGUGGACCAGACAGAUGCCCUCUGGUGGCAGGCAAAGAAACUGCCAUGUAGCUUGACCUGCGCUGGCCUUGUCCCCUCCGCCUGCAUGUUCAAGAGGAAGCUGAAAGAUUUCUGGUGGUCGCAGCCCCACACCUGCAACAAAGUCUUGAGCACAGUGGAUGAAGAGGAUGACAUGAUGGCAAUAGAUGUGUCUAUUUUAGAAACGGAUGAGGAAGCUUUUGAAUCUGAGGAACUAAAGGAGGAUGAGAGCGAGUUUAGUGCUAGCGUUGAUGGCAUCUAUCUCGCUGGGUUCCGGAGGAGUCUGCGUGUGUGUCGUCGGCAUAGGGUUCAGGGUGGAGGUUUAGGCCCGAACCGCUCCCCAUGCUGCUCCAGCUCCAGCUCCCUCGUCAGCCCGUAUGAGGAGGUGGUGCGGUACCAGCGCCACCCAGAGGACAGACACCGCCUCAUUGCCCUGCUGGGUCCGUCUGGAGUCGGUGUGAACGAGUUACGCAGGAAACUGAUCGAGAUCAACCCGAGGACCUUCCAGGGAGCCACACCACACACGACGAGGCCACGGAAAUGGUACGAGGAACCUGGACGGGAGUAUCACUACAUCACUAGGGAUCAGUUCGAGAGCAUGGUGUACAACAACAGGUUUGUGGAAUACGGAGAGUUCAGGGGUCACCUCUACGGCACUAGCGUGGACGCAAUUAAGGACGUUCUGGCUGCUGGAAAGAUCUGCACCAUUGAUAUUGAUCCAUAUGCCAUUGCGUCAGUACGGACUCAUGAGCUGAAAGCGUACAUCAUCUAUAUAAAACCUCCUCCUUUAGCCCAAAUGAAACGAACACGGCUCAAAGCCCAGGUGACUAAUUACUGCACCAGUCGACCGUUUAGGAAUGAGGACUUUCAUGAGAUCGAGGAGGCAGCUUGCAGGAUGGAGCAGCAUUACGGUCAGUUUUUUGAUCACGUGAUUGUAAACGACGGCCUGCAGGCGGCCUGCGUGCGGCUGAUGACGGCGGUGAGGAGAGCUCAGGACGAGCCGCAAUGGGUUCCUGCCUCAUGGAUCAGACCGACUGAGCAAAUCUGAAUGUGAACAUGAUGUUUAGGGCUCAGUUUAGGGGGUUUUGCUGGUUUUAAAGAAAACUGAUUUAACCCCUAACACCAAAACACUCAUGAGAUGAAUCAGAACCUUGUUAGUGGAGUAAAAACGCUGUGCGAUGAAGCCCUUGAGGCGUGGAGCUGGGACAUGUCAAUUUACAUUGUGUGAAUAGAUACUGUACUGAUAUGAUCUUUUUUUUUUUUCAUGAAAUUCACUUAAAAAUAUAUUAUACUGUAUUCUAUGUGGUUAUUUUAACUCAGGAUAUGACGUUACUUGCACUUUUUUUGUUUCUUACAUUUUUAGCAUAAAUUAUGCCCCAUAUUCAAACACUGUA